AGAUCAUCUAGAUCUAGCUCUUGCAAUGUUUCUUCCUCAUUAUGACUAUGAUCAUGGAAAUAAUCUUUCUGCUGACCAGGGAGACGUCUCUCCAACCCAAGAUAUAGGAUUCAUAAUAGCACUCAAUAUAUCAGUUGGUAUCGUGUGUCUCCUGUCCAUCCUCGGCUCAACCUCCAUCAUUUUCUCGUAUAUCUUAUACAAAGAACUGAGGACAACGGGUCGCUUCAUACUCCUAAAUCUCUCAGUGGCUGAUUUGAUAGUGGCCCUAGCUAACCUAUUGGGAGCAGCAAUGUCCCCUCGGUUUCGUAACGUGAAUGAUCCUUCUGAUAUCAAUGAUAGCUCUUCUUUAUUAGCUCUAUCAUGUAAAAUUGAUGCAUUUUUUGGCCUGUUUGCCACUGAUUCAUCAAUACUUUGGACUAUAGUGCUCCUCUCUUAUCUCUACAUAACGCUUCAUUGUUUUCGACCAUCUCGUAGCUGUUUCAAGGUUUCAAUGACUAUCUGUAUGAUUAUAUGCUGGGGUCUGCCUCUAGCUAUAUCAGUUUGGUUCAUAAGCAAGAACUUUUUUGGAUUCCAGCCCGGGUUUUCACCUGGUUUUUGUACUUUCACUGGUGACAAUGAUGGUAAAGACAUCUAUCGGCCUAUAGUUGGCUAUGAGAUGUUCCUGUACCCUUCAAUAAUUUUUCUCACGACUAUUUCUAUUGCUUUCUUUUGUCAUGCAAAGUGCAAGAAGAAGCCAGUGGAGAACUAUCACUAUAUUGAGCAUCAUUUGAACAGUAUAAAGGCAGCAGAGAGAAAGCUACUAUUUGUCCCAAUAGUGUUCAUAUUCAUUAGAAUAUGGGGACUUAUCACUGACGUGACUACAUUUUACCUUAAUGACAAUCAAAUUGCAACCUUAAGAAAUAGUAAAAUAAGUCCUGCCUUAAUCUUCAUGGCGGGCAUUGGUGAUUCAUCACAAGGCUUUGUUAAUGGUAUAUUCUUCUGCUUGCUCACUCCACCAGUGAGGCAGCGUUUGCUCUUGUUGCUCUUCAAGUGUGGCCGUAUUUGUCGAUGCUACUGCUGUAGCCGUUACGAGACCCUUGUGAAUGAUGCCUAUAUCACACCAACUACAUCUAGAUCUCUAACUAUCUCUUAUACUAACUCCACAGCCUCAAGGGGAGGAGGAGUUGAGGGAGAGGGAGACGGCGAUAACUCUACUCUGUCACGCUCCCUUGGCACUAUCAGUGCUGAUAUUUCAUUGUAUGGCUCAAAUGAGAUUAACUGAUGUAUUUAUGAUUACUUAUAUAUGUACUGUUAAUGAUUAUUAUUAAGUAGAUUAUAUUUGAAGUUAGUAUACUUUUUAUAAAGAUUUUGUCAAUAUUGCA